AUGAAGAAGAAGCUUCGAAUGGGGGCCAACAACUUCACCUCAACGACAGAAUUCAUCAUGCUGGGACUCUCCCGUGACCCCAACACACGGAUUCUCCUCUUUGUGCUCUUUCUCCUCAUGUACAUCUUUAUCCUUGUGGGGAAUCUAGGGGUCAUCAUGCUGGUACGAUUGGACUCCAAUCUCCACACGCCAAUGUAUUUCUUCCUCUCACACCUGUCAAGCGCGGAGAUCUGUUUUGUCACCACCAACAUCCCCCAGAUGCUGUAUCAGCUUCUAACGGGUAAUGGAAGGCUGCCUGUAAUCCGUUGUGAGUUACAGAUGUACACGACAUUGUCUCUAGGUUGCAUUGAAGCAUUUCUGCUAGGGGUCAUGGCUUACGAUCGUUACUUAGCUAUCUGCCGUCCCUUAGUAUAUGUCACCAUCAUGGGGAAAUGGCGCCAAUUCCAGCUUGCCUCAGCCUGCUGGGUAGCUGGCUUUUCAAUUGCGGCGAUAUGCGCGAGCAUCACCUUCCAGCAUACCUUCUGCCGCCCUUGCUGCAUCAACCACUUUGUCUGCGAGAUACCCAUGGUGUUAAAGAUGGCCUGCGACGACGUCCGUACCACGGAGUUAAUCAUUGUUAUAUUUGCAGGGAUUGUCGUCCUGGGACCCUUUUUACUUAUCUUCAUCUCCUACGGCCUCAUCCUGUUCUCCGUGUUGCAAAUGCGGUCAGCCUCCGGACUUCGCAAGGCCUUCUCUACGAAGAAGCUGUGA